GCGCGAGAGCUUCAGCAUGACCAACAACAUCCUGCUGUGCUGCCACACCGACCUGCCCGACCUGCAGGCUCUCCGGGAGGACGUCUGCCAGAAGAACUCCGUGAGUCUCCUUCGCUGCUCCGGACCUGCCUCUUCCUCUUGAUUCAUUGCCACCCCCUCCUGGCCUGGCUCACCUGGGGCAAUUCCCCUCCUGGCAUCUGCCAGCAGCUGGGCUGAGGCUGGCACGCACAUACACACGUGUGUGCACAUAUGCAUGCAGGCAUACAUCUGAACACAUGCGCUCACUGCACACGUGCAUACACAUUUACACGUCUACAUGCAUGCAUCCACCCACACGUGCAUGCGCAUACACACAUAUGCAUGCACACAUACCGACAUGUAUGCAUGUGCACACACACAUAUGCAUGCAUAUACAUGUAUGCACACACACUUGGCUGGGCAGGAAGUGUCCCAGCCUCCAACCGUGUCCCUUGCCCACACGCUGCCACAUCCCCAUGCUAGCAGCUACACAGUCUGCUCCCCGCUAGCUGCCCACUGCAGUCCUAUCCUCCGUGCCCCAUCCAGGACUGCUGCAGCAGCUACACGCUCAUCCCCUACGUGGUGACUGCCCAGAACAAAGUCCUGUGCUGCGACGCCAGCGCCAUGAAGUGCCUGACCGAGCUCUUCCAGCCCAGCUUUGACAUGGAGGCCUUCUUCACCCCGCUGGCGGCACGCUUGGCCAAGCUGCUAGAGGCCACCCCCACCAACUCCUGCGAGUACUUCCGGGAGACCCUCCGCCGGGACAUCCGCCAUGCCCGGGAGCAGUACCGGGGCGAGCAGCUGAGCCAGGAGCUGGCCCGUAUCCAGCAGCGCCUGGACAGCGUCGAGUUCCUCAGCCUCGACAUCGUCGUGAACCUCCUCCUGUCCUACCGCGACGUCCAGAACUACGACGCCAUCAUCUCGCUGGUGGAGACCCUCCACGCCCUGCCCACCUGCGAUGUGGCCGAGCAGCACAACAUCCGCUUCCAUUACGCCUUCGCCCUCAACAGCCGAAACCAGCCUGGGGACCGGGAGAAGGCGCUGGCCGUGCUGCUGCCAGUGGUGGAGCAGCGGGAAGGAGUGGCGCCCGACCUGUACUGCAUGUGUGGCCGCGUCUACAAGGACAUGUUCAUCAGCUCCAACUUCACGGACACCGCCAAGAGGGACCAGUCCUUGCACUGGUACAGCAAAGCCUUCGACACAGAACCCAGCCUCCACGCUGGGCUCAAUGCCGCUGUCCUCCUCAUGGCUGCUGGGCACGAGUUCGAGACCUCCCUGCAGCUCCGGCAAAUAGGCAUGAAGCUGGGCUGCCUUCAGGGCCGCAAGGGCAGCCUGGAGAAGAUGGAGUAUUACUGGGAUGUGGGCUUCUACCUGGGCACUGCCAUCCUGUCCAACAACCUGCCCAAGGUCACCCAGGCCUCGGAGAAGCUCUACAAGCUCCACGCCCCUGUCUGGUACCUGGUCUCCGUCAUGGAGACCUUCCUGAUUUACAAGCACUUCAAGAAGAGCCUGGCAGACACAUCCCCCAGGCAGGCCCUGGCAGACUUCUGGCUGGGCUUCCUGCUGGUGUCGUCCCAGCCCUUCGCCCCCACGGACAGCUGCCCGGUGCUGAUCCUAGAGCCGGCCCAGGUCCUGCAGCCGGCCCAGCUGACCGUGCGGGAGGACCAGGCCGAAUGCUCCCUGAUGCUCCACCACGUCUGCCCCAUGGAGGAGACAGGGGUUUCCAGCUGGACCUUCCCGGCUUCCUCCAUCCGCGGGGUCAGCAUCUCCAAGUGGGACGAACGCUGCUCCUUCCUGUACGUGCUGCCCGCGGCCGAGGACUUCCAGCUGUGCUUCCCCACCCAGCACCACUGCCGCUGGUUCUGCAAGCUGGUCGGCUCCAUCGUGGCGGCGCAGGCAGGGUCCGGCGAGGAGGCAGGCAGCAGCGCCAGUGAGGUCUUGGAGUACGACUACGAGUACACGGAGACGGGCAACCGGGUGGUGCUGGGCAAGGGCACCUACGGCAUUGUCUAUGCUGGACGCGACCUCAGCAACCAGGUGCGCAUCGCCAUCAAGGAGAUCCCGGAGCGGGAUGGCAGAUACUCACAGCCGCUGCACGAGGAGAUUGCCCUGCACAAGCGCUUGAGGCAUAAGAACAUUGUCCAGUACCUGGGCUCCAUCAGCCAGGACGGCUUCAUCAAGAUCUUCAUGGAGGAGGUGCCAGGAGGGAGCCUCUCGUCCUUGCUGCGCUCCAAGUGGGGCCCUUUGAAGGACAACGAGCCCACCAUCGUCUACUACACCCGACAGAUCCUGGAGGGGCUGCGCUACCUGCACGACAACCAGAUCGUCCACCGCGACAUCAAAGGCGACAACGUCCUCAUCAACACGUACAGCGGGGUGCUCAAGAUCUCCGACUUCGGCACCUCCAAGCGGCUGGCUGGGAUCAGCCCCAGCACCGAGACCUUCACAGGCACCCUGCAGUACAUGGCCCCCGAGGUCAUCGACCACGGUCCGCGGGGCUACGGGAAGCCGGCGGACAUCUGGUCCCUGGGCUGCACCCUCAUCGAGAUGGCUACGGGCAAGCCCCCCUUCUACGAGCUGGAGAGCCCACAGGCUGCCAUGUUCAAGGUGGGGAUGUUCAAGAUGCACCCCAAGGUGCCGGACUCCAUGUCGGGAGAAGCCAAGGCCUUCAUCCUCGCCUGCUUCGAGGUGGAGCCAGACAAGCGGGCCACAGCCGCGGCCCUGCUGCUGCAGCCCUUCCUGGCGCCCUCCAGCCGAAAGAAAGCCAGGAGCCCCGAGGGGGCAGGCGACUCCCCGAUCCUGGCGCGCCGCAGAGAGGCUGCCGGCAUCCCCAGGAGCGUCUCCUCAUCCUUGCAGGUCCCCAGGGCAGGUGCCAAGGUGGACGGCAGACCCUUGGCUCGCUGCACCAGCGAGGCGACCCUGAGACGCGGCUGCCGCGGGGCCCCCGAGGAGUCAUCCAGCUCCGAUUUCAGCAUCUCGUCGUCCUCCCCGGAUGAAAGCAGUGGCCUCUUCUUGCUGCGGAAGGACAGCGAGCGCAGAGCCACCCUGCACCGCAUCCUCACCGAGGAGCUGCCCAGCCUCGUGGCCACCCUGCAAGAGACCCAGGCACAGAGCGCAGAGGGAGCUCGGCUGGAGCCGGACCACAUCGCCCAGCUGGUGUCCUGCCUUGGGGGCUUCAUCCGCUCCCCCAGCCCCCGGCAGCUGGAGCAAGACCUGCGGGCACUGCAAGGCCAGCUGCAGGCAAGCGGCCAGAGCCUCCGUCACGCCCAGCCGCUGCUCUUUGGCUUCCAGGAGGCAGUGAAGCAGGUCCUGCGGCGGCACCAGAUCAAGCCGCACUGGAUGUUCGCGCUGGACAACCUCAUGGGACAGGCGGUGCAGGCGGCACUGACCCUGCUCCUGACAGAGCUUGGCUUGACAGCCAGGGUGCAGGGUAAAAAGGACGUCGAAGAAGCAAGCAAUGAGGAGGAGGAGGAGGAGCAAGAGCAAGAGCAAGAGCAAGAGGAGACCAAGAGCCAGCCAGCCACAACGGGCAGCGAGGGGGCUCUGAGGCCGGGUGGCGAUGCCAGCCCUGGUGCCCAAACCAACCCGCCAGGCACCUCCCUGCUCAUGGCACAGCUCAGGCACCUCCACGUGGAGACGGGCAGGCUGCUGCAGGAGCUGGUGCAGAAGGAGCAGGAGUGGCAGGGGCUGGUGAGGAGGGCGCUGCAGGCGGCCAGACAGGACGCCAACACUGGGCGGAGGUCACUGCCCGUCGUCGUCUCCGCUCCCUGCCAGGCACAGCCCCCGGACCCCCUCCUCGUGGACUGGCUGCAGCACCACAGCGUUGACAGGGACACGACUGAGACGCUCCUGGCGCACGGCUUCACCCUGCACGACCUGCUGACCUGCGCCACGCGGGACGACCUGCUGUACACGGGUAUCAGGGGCGGGCUGGUAUGCCGGCUGUGGGCAGCCAUCCUGGAGCACCGGCGAGCCGUGCUGGCGCAGAAGGGAGCAGACUGAGACCUUCUCCGGCCCUUGCCUAGCCGCAGAGGAUGGAGCCUCCCGGCCAGACCGGCCCAGCUUGCUUGCACCGCCAACAGCUGCCUCCAGCAUGGUGCUGGCCCCCAGGCUGGGAUGGGGAUACCCCCAAGGUUGGUACCUAUGGCAUCCUCAGGGACACCGCAGCACUGUGCACCGAGCAAUAAACAGCUGCUUAUUGUG